CUCGCGAUGUCUGGCAGUAGACGCUACGGCGGGCCUCCCGGCAACGAAGAGAACCCCGGUGAGAGCCCCCCCUCCUUGCCGUGGUUCGGAGAUGUCUAUGCUUCUUUGGGGAUCCGCGCGAUAGCUGGAGCUGGGGCCGGGGGCGAAUCAAUUGUUGCAUCUGGUCCGGGGUUGGUUGGGAGACUAUUGAGAAUAAGAAGAAGAAAUCAGGGCAAACAUCUAGGAGGGGCAAUGGGCACCACGGACAUCAUCCUCGAAUGCUCCACCCAAUACAACAUGCGAAGCUUGAAUGGCAAUGGAUCUUUACAUCCUUCAGGAAACAAUUCGACUCCUCAACUUGAAUGGCAAUGUUCAUCUUUGGGAACACGUAAGAAGUCAGAGUUUGCAUUUUGAGGCAAUAUCUGCUCCUUUACUCCUUGUAGAGGUGAUACUUGAUUUCCAUCUUUCUUGGGAUGUACCUAUCUGGAAAGAAAAACUUCACACUUGAAGUAUCGUUAUGAUUCAACAUGGAGAGGGACCGAUAUUUCAUAUGUAAUAGGAAAUGUUUCAUAGUAUUAAUAAAAUGUUCCCAACAUUUUCAAAAAA